AUUAACACAUGAUCCUAGCGUCUAUGAUCCGGACUAGGUUACCUAAGAGGUACCUAAGGUUGCCGCGCGCUUUACCCCAAACAUGCAGCUCACACGUUUUCCCUGCCCCAACUUAAGCUUGAACACAACCAACACCCAAAUGGUCGAAUCGCAUUCGUUGAUUAUUGAACCCAAAACUUAUUCCAGCGCUUCUAGUAUCAGUUCAGGGUGAUGGACUGUCAAUCUAGUCAAUCUACGUUUCACCUAUUUCCCUACCUCCCCGCAGAGCUUCGCCACGAGAUAUGGCGCAUGGCGAUGACCGAUUGGUACAUCGUCCUAUUCUCCAAACACUCCAAGAAAGAUAGAUUGCGCUCCCUAGGAUGGGAUCCCUCGACCAUAGGGCAAGUAUGCCAAGAAUCCAAGUUCUUGAUGCAGAAGACCUUUCUCAAUGUACCUUGGCCGCCACAUAGCCAACGCAAGCAACGUCAGAACAUUGGUUGCUGGAUCAAUUUUGGCACAGCCAUCGUUCAUUUUGGCCCAGCCGACAUAGCCCUAGAUCGUAUCAGAUACGUCGGAGAAUUCGCUCUCUCGCGCUUGGCGUACGCGGCUAUAACCUGGACUUCGUGGUCUGAUAUUGUUAAAUGUUUCCAGCAGUUUAGUCUACAUUAUCAUUCCUUACACGCCGUAUUUAUUUUCGCAUCUGCAGAGCCAAUCAUUUUACAACCCCGAAAAAUAAGGGAUUGUGAUAUUAUUCCUAUGGUUAACAGUAUCACCAUGGGUCCCCCGCGCCUCGACGCGCAGCCCCUAGACGCUUUCCGCAUUAGCGAAGAUUUACGCGCCUGGUUCCGCAAUCCCGUUCGCCCGCCAGUGGUGAUCUUGCUUCCCUUGUGAAAGUAUUCCCUAAAUAUACAGCUACCAAACUGUCGGAAUUUCAUCAUCUAAGGCAGAAUGUCACCAU